AUGAACCUCAUCAGGAUCACAGAAUUCGUGGAAGAAACACCUGGCAAGAUGGUCAGUACUUCUCCAUUCCAAAUCUUGUUCUUCAUUCUUUCGACGCUCAGCUUCGUCAACCCCUUGAACCUGGCAGUGCUGAAGGAAUGCGGAAAACUGAAGCGAGCAGGUAAGAUCGUGGGAGGAACUGAAGCGAGCAGAGAUGAGGCACCUUGGAUAGUCUCUCUCAAAUUGAAAACUAAGGGGAAACACAUCUGCGGUGGUACACUCAUCAGUGAGAGAUUCGUCCUUACUGCCGCCCAUUGCGUCCAAGGGGAAUUGGCUCGCCAGAUACAAGUUACCAUACGGGAUCAUCGCAUAAAGGAACAACAGGAGAAACUGCCAUCAUACGUAAUGAAACACGAUAAAGUGAUUCGCCAUGCGGGUUAUUCCAGCGUCACCCAUCAUCAUGACAUUGCCCUGAUCCGCCUCAAAGAACCUGUGGUGUGGGAUGACCUCACAGAGCCUGCGUGCCUUCCUGACUCCGAAGACACCGACUUUCAUGGACUUUCGGGUAUUGUUGCAGGAUGGGGAAGAUUAUCCGAGGGAGGGCUAUCACCCGUGACGCUAAUGAAAGUUACUGUACCGAUUUUGGAGAAUAACAAAUGCAAGACUUUGAUGGCCCAACAUUUCAACAUCAUUGAGAGACAGAUCUGCGCCGGGUUUGAUUCCGGACUCUAUGAUGCCUGCCAGGGGGACAGUGGUGGACCGAUGGUGGUGCGCAAGAACGGGAGGUACAUCGUGGCUGGGAUAGUGUCAGUAGGCGUUGGAUGCGCCCGACCUAAACUUCCUGGCGUUUACACUAACGUAGCACAAUACCUUGACUGGAUCGUAGAAAACGCCAAGGUGUAA